AACGGAAGUGCCGAAAGUGUGGAUACCUUGGACUACGAGCCGCCCCCGGUGCUGCCACCGCGGCGCCCGCCCUGGCCGUUUAACAGCCUGAGCAGCACCGCCUCAAGGUACAUCGGGCAGCACACCACCACAAUCGCCGCCACCACGUCCCCGUUGACACCGACGGCGGCUACGACGACUAUCACGUCGACGACGCCACUGACGACGACGCUUGUACCGGCGCCGUCCGCCUCCCAAGGCUCAACGACCUCCUCGUCUGCGCGAGUGUCGCCGCAGCCGCCACCCUUGACGCCGCCCCAGUAUCCUGCGCCUCCACGGCCCCCUAGUCGAAACGGUGGGGAUGAAGCGCGUGUCGCGAGGGCGAGAGGAAGCGGACGCGGAGCAUUACCGAGCCUCAUCCUCGCUAAUGGAACGCCCUUGUCGAGAGUGUCACCACCUCGCGCGGGCUGGGCAGUGCGGAUCAACGAGGCGAUACUUACUACCCCGAGUCAAUCAACUCAUUAUCAGCAGCAGCAGCAGCAGCAGCAACAGCAACAGCAGCACCAUCAGAACCAGCAGCAUACAUCGAGUCCAGGAUCACCGAGAGCCAUCGAACAAUGGGCUAGCGAGCGGGCAGCGUCGUCGGCUUUAUCGGUUCGUCGUUCCACAUCACCAUCCUCGCCAGAAACAGCAAGGAGACCGGGAACAGGAUCGCCGAGAAGGACCCUCUCGUCGUCGAGUCGAGUUAGACCGGGUGGCGCAGGCGGAGGAGGAGGAGGAGGAGGAGGAGGAGGAGGAAGUGGAAGUGGCGGAAGAGGAGCAGAAAGGGGCGCAGAGAUCGGUAACGGUAUCCAUUUCGCGAAUCACUGGCAGGAGGAAGAAGAGUUGGAGGCGAAGAAGAAGGAGGAGCACCGGAAGCGUUGCGUGGACGCAGCGGCGCGUUGCCAAGCCGAGCAUCUUGAACUGAGAGGUCGGCCGAUGUCGCAGAACAAUGCGAUCGCGCCGCUUUCGCGGCCGCCUUCUUCGCAGACGAACGCGAAUGCCGCAAACAACGGUCUCGACACCGCCAGCACAGUCAUUACCAUCGACAACAGCGCCAACGCCAACUCCGACGACGGAGACGCGCGCUUCGUUCAACAACAGGGCGUCACCGGUGGUCGCGUGCACGAUCACAACCGACCGUUUCCGCCACCGAGAUUGCCCAGCGUGCACGUCGCGGCCGCCUCGACCACUACCGCGCCUCCCGCAGCCUCGUCGAAUCCGAGAGUAUUGGUCACCGCUCCGCUCAGUCCGCUCUCGAGCACCUUCCGCAGCAGACCGAGGAACGUCGACAUUUCGAACGAGACGAACGCCCGGGGGCUGUUGUCGAACGACACGCCACCGAGGAGUCCCAUAAGCGAGGUGAGCCUCACCGUGCCUCGACCGGAUGGAGAGAGGGCAAUCAACGAGUACGUCGAGGCGCCGUUCAAACAUUCGAAUCAGGAGCGACGCGUCAUCGAUGAUGAAAACAAACGCGGCGUCGGUACCGAUUGCCCGAAGAUCGACCGAAGGCAUCGUCAGAAGGGUGUGACGGACGCGUCUGUCGCGGCGACGCAUCGGUUGCACGCGAGUAGGACUCAAGCGUUUCGCGGAUUGAUCGCGAGCGGGACGAACGCGACCGCAUCCGCGGGCUCGAUCGCCGCGAACACCGCGACACCGAACGCCGUGACCAAGCAGCCGGUCUCGUUUACCAAGGAACCGGCCAACAGCCUCGCCUCUAGAACUUACGAUCCGGCCGGUUUGUCGAUAAUGUGCAAUUUCUGCGGUCGAUGUCGCUGCGAGUCUUGUCGGGAACCACCGCCAUUGCCGAGCAAAUGGUUGUGCGACAACAAAUGCUUCUGCUCCGCCGACACGAUCCUCGAUUACGCUUCUUGCUUGUGCUGCGUGAAAGGACUGUUUUAUCAUUGCGUGGACGGGAACGGCGGCAGUGGAAUCGACGGGGAGGCGGCCGGGAGCUGCGCGGACGAACCAUGCUCCUGUACGGGGAACAGGAGGGCCUCCAGGUGGGCUUGUCUCGGUGCCCUUACCCUCGUCAUGCCUUGCUUAUUGUGCUACUGGCCGUUCAAGGGCUGCGUCGCUUUGUGCGAAAUAUGUUACGCCCGGCACGCCGCUCAGGGAUGCAGAUGCAACCCAAACACGAUCGGGAACGCCGGGAAUAGGCAUCAUCCGAUCGCCAACGACAUCGGGGACUCGAGGGAUCCGGAGAAAAGGUUGCUCGACCCGGUUACACCGGAACUCUAAUAGUUGGGUAUUCCGACACCGGUAAUACACGUGGUAUAUCGCGGUCUCUCGCGAACAGAGACGCCAAGGCUCUUCUAUGCACAGGAUUAUCGAGAGGGAGCAAAAUGAAAAAUUGCAUUAAGUACAAGAGUUGCAUUUAAGUCGAGAAACGAUAUCGAAGAUUCUGACGAAUUUGUACGUCUGACGUCGCGAGUGUUUUAUUUAUUAUUCUUCCAUGCGCGCGCGAAAGUGCGAUGCGAGCGAGAGAGUUUGAAAGAGCAAGAACGUGUACGAAUGGAAGAAUGCGAGUAUCGUGUAGCAGUGGUAGGAAGGAAAGGAGGCGAAGGAGGAGUAGGAGGAUGGAAGAUGGGCGAAGGGUAGAAAGGCGGCGGAGAAAGGGCGAGAAAGAUUGACAAUGUACUACGCGAGCGUGCGUAUAAACGCAGAGACAUACCACUUACGUAUAGAUAGGUCUAUACAUGAUAGAAUAUAUAAAUAGUACGCGCACACACAGGGAGAAAAUGCGAGCGUGACCAAGCGAAUGCGUGGUAACAGUAAGCGAGCGUACGAGAGAGAAAGAAAAGAGAGAGAAAGCGUGAAAGUAAAUAGACGAACCACUAAAGUAUAUUGAACGCGAACACGUGUACGCGCGUGUACACGCGUUCCUGCUGUUACUUUGCUCGAAACGCGUAUACACGCGUCUACGCCUAGGUUAUAGGUAUGUAUAUUGUAUAUUACAUUUGUAUAAAGAAGAAACUUUUCUACGGUUAAUUUAUUCGUGGCUGUAUCGCCAAGUAACACAUAAAGUUUCACAGUAGGAGCACGACACGGAGAGAGAGGCGGCGAGAGAUGUUUGAUCAGCAGGCGGCGAAAGAAUUCGGAAGGCGUCCUGCCCGACUGGACUCGAUUAUUUUCUGAAACCGUGUUCCAGUCGCUUGCAUCUCGCGGUAAAAUACGUAUAUAAGAAUCGAAAAAGGAAGGAAUAAAGAUAUGGAGGGGAAGAAAAAGGGUGAGGGGGGAGAAGGGGAAGAGACGGAGAAAGAAAGCUCUGAAAAGAAGCAUUGUCCGCGUUUCCGAGCGUUUUCCUCCGCUCGGUACACGAUGUAUACGCUUUUAUACUCGUUAACACUGUUGUAUCGAGCGGCCCUGUCGAGCGUUAGAGAGCGGUAUGACACGAGAUCGAGAUAAUGCACGCGUUCGGGCUGCGUGAGAGCGAGAGCGCUAUGUAAGUCUGUAAGAAUGAACGGUUGCAUCUAUAUGUGUAUCUGUGUGUAAGUGUCGGUGUACGUGCGUAUAUGUGUAUGUAUGUAUGUACGCGUAUAUGGGUGUGCUUCAUGGGGACGGCGAGAAUGCGGGCAGAUGGGAAAAGGACAAUUGCGUGGGGGCAUAAGCGUGAGGAGAAGAGAAGUACGGCACAGGACAGAAUGAAUCAGGGAAGGGGGAGGAAAGAACACAACACGCCUGAAAUCUCUUACGUACGUAUACGUAUUUAUAUACGUUAGGUUGUCGGGCGUCGUUUUCCAUUUCGUUAAUUCUCUUCCUUUUUUCCAGUAUUAUCUAGUCGUGCGAGUUUAAUUAAAUAUCGUUUCAUUAAGGUACGAGGUACAAAGCGAUACACGCGUCGUGCGGUGGUGUAGUUGACAGGCCGUUCUGCCGGUGUUGCUCCGCUCUUCUAUAACGCGAGAGUGGAUUCGCGACUCGGGAUCCCCCCUUUUUUUUUUUCUUCUUUCGCUGUUACGAACGCCGAUUUAACGUAUAUACACGGAUAAUCGCUUUCCUCGUUGAUUCGACUCUACUUCUUUGACCAAGAUUUUGAAAUAAUUAACGCCUUCGAGACUCUGGUGUUGUGGAGAGCCGAGCCGCCGCUGCAGCCUGGAGCGGAGUUUAAUUGCACGGUAACAGCGCUUCCCACGCGGACGGAAUUCACCGAACGAAGGUGUGUUAACUUUCCAUUCUUGCUCGAGCGGCUUGAUCGUUGAGGUAUGUCGACGUUCCACGGGACACCGUCAUCCUCACGACCACGAUAACGUUCGUUUCUUUUUAUUGUCGAGACUGUCUAAACCGUUUUCCCAACAGAUACCACCGACACCACCGUUUUAUCCAUGUUUGAAACGCAUCGAACGAAAUAUACGAGUAGUCCUUGCAUUUUUGGCACACUUUGGGAAAGAUGAACAAACGAUCGAAGACGCGCGUACCGUUAACGCGUACAAAGUCCACAGCGAAAAGUAAUUCCUUGGAAGUUGGUAAAGCACGAGAGGGGGGGGGAGGGGGGGGUCGAAAGGUUGGAAAACGCGUCACGGGAGGAGCGAUUGCUCGGCGAAGCGGUUUUUCUUCCGAUUGUUCGUUCGGCUUCGUUCGUCGCGAAGAGGCAGCGAGAAACGGGAAGAAACCACGCGUCCACUCGUCUGCCGCUGCGUUGACUUUCGAGAGUCGUCCGCGAUAGGACCUGUCGCGGAGUGAACGUGGCGGGAAACGAUCGAACGUCCAACGAAUCGCAACAUCCCGAAAUCAAUCCCCUCUCGUAGGUUCGCCCUUCCAAGUCGAGGGAAUAGGAGAACGCAUGGUACAGGGAGAACGUUCCGCGGAUCGGCCGUAAUUGGAAACUUCGGGUGCGUUGAUCGUAUAGCCUUUCACGACUCGCGAAACCUUCGACGUACACUGAUUUGAUGUUGCGAGCAUAUUUGGUGCAAAUAAAAAAGAUACGACGAGACCAUUGGAAACUGUCUUUUAACGACGAGUAAUUUCUUUUUUAAUUGAUCUUCCGAACGGUACUUUAUAUACACGAGGAACGAAGCGUUUGGCUAAGAAAUGCUGAAAAAAAGGUGAAUCGGACACGGGCAUAUUCGUUGAAAUACAAUUGGAAUGGUCGAGAUCGACUCACGGGAACAUCGAGCCUUGGGGCAAAAAGGUAAAAGUGUUAAUCAAGGAGUACGUCGGGACAAUCCCAUUGAUGCGUUUUGUGCAUACCUAUCCGCGCACCUGUAUGUAUAAUAUGUAUGGUUGCAUGUGUGUGCGCGCGCGUGUCUCGCGAAGCGAAAAGGAAAAAUGUAUGUUUUUAUUAAUAUUAACUAUAUAUGCUCUGUAUAUGUCUUGUAAAUAUUAUAUAUAUAUAUACACAUAUAUGCAUAUAUAUAUACAUAUGAAUUAUAUAUAUACACAAACAUGUAUAUAUACAUGUAUAUAUAUAUAUAUACAUAUAUAUUUAUGCAUUUCUGUUUAACAUAUUGGAAGCAGUAGUUUGAGGACAGCCAAAAUUGUUUCCGAUUAUUUCGAUUCUCCGAUUAAUUUAGAGAUUCGUCUAUCGUUCUUUGCAAUAUCAUUUGUCGGGUGCGCAGAGGUUAUCACACGAGUCGAGACAUCUGAUCGAUUCCUCCCUGUCUCUCUUGCUUAACAUUUUCUCUUCCGUAUCAUCAAUCCUUGGUCUUUCUUUCGACGUUUGCCGCAUCGUACUUAUAAACAGCGACAGCUUUCGAAAUACAUUUACAAUGGAAAUCCUUGCGAAAAUUCGAAGAAGAAUACUCAUCCACCCUUUGUAUCAUCGCAGCGAUAAUCUUCUCGUUACUUCGGAUAAAAUAAUAGAUCGACGAAAUGAGAACGAAGGCAAAUAAAAUUCGUAACUUGUAUGUCUACGUUGUUUGAUGGAAAACGAUCGAGAGAAAGACAAGGAUACAGCCUGCCGCGAGAUCAGGAAAUCUGUCCAAAAUCGUUAGAAAGAAAAACAGAUUGCGAUAAACAAGGAAAAUAAAUAGAUGUAUCAGCGUAUCCAGAUUCGAUCAGUUUCUUCUACGGUGAAUAAGCUCUCGUCGCAUCAGUAUCGUUACCGUGUAGUCUCCUUGCGAAACCUGAUUCUUCGGGACAUUGUAAUCGCAAAGCGUUUAACAUCGACGUAACUACGAUAUAUGUCUUACGUGCACGGACGUACAAUAUUAAAAAAGAACAAUGUGGUGUAGAAAACGAAGAAACGUACCAAUUCGGUGUAUUAAUCCCCUCGCCCCCCCCCCUCCAUGGAUCGAUACAAAUUCGCCUCAAACUGAACAAUCUUUCUACCUUUGAUAAAUAAUAUAUCGCAAUGGCUAAUAAAACGGCACAAAGAAAAAAAGAAAAGAGAGAGAGAGAGAGAGAAACAGGAGAAUAGAAAAGAACGAAAAAUUCCAUUACUUCCGGUUGAUGCGAAUUCGUUACGUCCAUAGGAAUGCGUUGACGCACAUGUUGUUAUCUAAUUGUUAGUAGAUUCAGGUUUAUACCGGCAAUUGUUAAUAAAGUUAGUAAGCAAAUA